AUGGAUCUUGCUUUUACUUUGUGCAUCGCUGAGGUAUUAUCUGAUCGCGGACGUCGAAAAUUUCAGUUAAAACGAACCACCAAAGACUGCACCCUUGCUAUUGUCGCCUCACCUAAUUGGGUUGGGCAGUCUUCAGUACCCGAAGAGUCAAUUAAAAGCCCGUAG